AGAUUAAUUUUAUGCAUUUCAAUGUUCAGUUAGUGGCAUUAUCAUCCACAAUGUAUUUAAGUCCUUUUCUCCAACAUCUUCUUUUCUAACAUUAAUAUGAGCUAAUUCAUUUACUUGAUGUCCAGGUCCUUUUGCUUCUUAACUAUUUCAUAUCAUUCUACAUAAUCUUCCACCACAUAUCUCAAAAUCUCCUGGUUUUGGGUCAACAAUUAAGUUUUAUAGAGGAUGAAGAUAUGCAUACAAUGCCUGAUGCUGUAUAAACAAAAUACACUAUCUUCAAAGAAUUCCAAAUUAAAUGCAGAUAGUAGCCAUGGCAGAGACCCUGAUAUACAUAAACGCAGAUGAAACCUCAGAUGACUACUGGCUCUGUGUUUUAGCUCAGGAGUGGGCACAGCUCUGCAUCUUCUUGUAUAUCAGGUGGACUUGCAGGUCACAGGAAUUCUCAUCCAAUUUCUCAGUUAUGCCUAAUCUGAAGUCUAAAGGGGAGAGCAUGAUUCCUCCUAUCUACAGAAUAGAAAUGGAUGCUGCAGCUUUCAAAGAUUUCAGCUCUCAUGAAUGGGGCAUUGGGCUGCCAACUUCCUCUCCUCCACAUGCAGAAAGCUCUGCAGAUUCGUUUAUAGUCAUGGUUCAGAAUCCUCAUGCAUUUAAAGCGACGACUGGAAGCUCAAACAGUCCAAGCCUCGCUGCCAGAACUACAACCACCAGCACCAAGAUUUGGAUUAUGGUUUAUUUUCAUGAAACAGAAAUCUGGAAAAACUAUUCACGAACUAAAUUGAUACAUUUGCUUCUAUCCAAAAAUAUAACUGUCAAGGAGGCACUUCAACAGAAAAUCUUUUAUGAUGGCAGAAGGUCAAAUUUUAAAUUCCGUUCAUACUUUAUACAUCCUAUUUCCUGUUAUAGCUACCUGAAAGCAAGGUCUGGACACAGAGUCAUGGCAUUUACACCUUUGGGCUAGAAUGUUGAACCCUUCACUCCCUCCCCACCAGUUAAAAUGCAUAUUUUGUCCACCUAUUGUUUGUUUUAUAUGAAACUGUAACUUAUAGAAUUAAUGUUCAAUAGAUUCUUGUCUACUGUUUAAAGUCAAUAAAUUGGCAGGUCUCCUUGUGAUUGCAGCAUAGCAAAAAAUUUAUCUCCCU